AAUACUAAAACAUGAUCUGGACUUGGAACCAGACAGAACAAACCCUUGUUUCAUCAGAGAGAGGAAGAGAGGCAACAGAAGAAGGGAGCAAUGACUGUCCUACAAUCUUCACGCUGUCUUCUGCUACUAUCCAUACUCCUCUCCACCGACUUUCCCUCUGCUCUGGCCGGCAAGGUCCUUGUUUUUCCUGUGGACGGCAGCCACUGGGUCAACAUGAAUAUACUGAUCGAGGUCCUUCACUCCAGUGGUCACGAGGUCACCGUGGUGCGAUCUGCCAGCAGCUGGUACGUCAAGGAGCAUUCACCACACUAUAAAGCCAUAACAGUGACCCUACCGGAGCCAAUAGACAUAGAGAAACAAGAUUUCUUCAUCUCGUUCCUGAGCAAAAUGCUCGAGAUACAAAAACAUGGGGGAUCACCGAUUGCAUUCGUGCAGUUCUAUUGGCAGAUGUUGAACAGUCUCUACGGCAUGCAUUGGCAAGCAAGUCAGCUGGUUGUGGAAAUUUUCGAAAACCCGGUGUUAAUGAAACAGCUCUAUGAUGGGCGUUAUGACUUGGCUCUUAUCGAUCCAGGUCUGCCUGCAGGAGUGCUAGUGGCUCAUAAACUCAAAUUACCAAUGGUUUACAAUGUGAGAUGGAUCACUAGUGGAGAAGGGCACUUUGUUGUCGCGCCUUCUCCGUUUUCUUACGUCCCAGCAGCUGGAAGCCACUUGUCUAACCGCAUGUCAUUUGGAGACAGGCUCAAGAACUUCUUCCAUUAUGUACUAAACACGUGCAUAGACAAUUUUAUUGUGAGACCAGAAUAUGACAAACUAGUUGCACGCUAUUUUGGACCCGAAACUGAUUUCUACCACUUGCUGCAAGGCGCAGAUAUUUGGCUCAUGAGAACGGAUUUCGUCUUCGAGUUCCCGCGUCCAACCAUGCCAAACGUCGUCUACAUCGGAGGCUUCCAAUGCAAACCCUCCAAGCCCUUACCGCCAGACCUGGAGGAGUUUGUUCAAGGUUCAGGGGAACACGGGGUGGUUGUGAUGUCUCUCGGGACGCUCGUGAAAGGUCUUCCUAGUGAAAUCACGUCUGAAAUCGCUGCCGGAUUUGCCCAGCUGCCUCAGCGUGUCAUCUGGAGGCACUUAGGAGAGCGUCCUCGUAAUCUGGGCAACAACACUCUUCUGGUUAAGUGGCUUCCGCAGAACGACCUACUUGGUCACCCUAAAACACGUGCAUUUGUCGCUCACGGUGGAACGAAUGGCAUUUAUGAGUCUAUGUACCAUGGCGUUCCAGUGGUUGGGAUUCCCUUGCUUUUUGACCAAUUUGACAAUAUGUUGCGUCUCAAGGUGCGAGGGGCUGCUAAGGUUCUUGACGUCACCAAACUGGACAGCCAGAGCUUUUUGGUGGCAGUGAAGGAGGUUUUACAUCAGCCGUCGUACAGGGACAACAUGCAACAGCUGUCUAGGCUACACAAAGACCAGCCUAUGCAACCUCAAGACAGCGCCCUCUUUUGGAUAGAGUACGUCAUGCGACACAAGGGUGCUGCUCAUUUACGUACAGACUCUUAUAAGAUGCCGUGGUACUCGUAUCACUCUUUAGACGUGAUGGCAUUUUUGCUAGCAGUGGUGUUGGCAGUAGGAGGAGCUGUGGUUCUUAUAAUACGCUAUUUGUGUUUUAGACUGUGCAGGAGACAGAAAUCAAAACGUGAGUGACGCACUU